AUGCGUAUUGGAGUCAUUGAAUCACUGCUCAAGGUGGAAUACAAAGCAAAGAGAAUGAAAGACUUACGGAGAGGUCUGUGCAGUAAUUUUCUCUCGCAUUUGCAUCCUGGUGAUACAGUUCUUGCAAAAGUAAAGGCAGGAACUUUCAGGACUAACUACGUUGCAUUAAAUUUGGCCGGGGUGUGCAAACCUACUUUUGAAAAUUACUGA